CCCGCUGAUGGAACAUCUGAAGAAACCUCGUAAAGCUCGGACGGCGUUCAGCGACCAGCAGCUGUCGAAGCUGGAAGGAAGCUUCCAGAACCAGAAGUACCUGAGUGUCCAGGACCGCAUGGAGCUGGCUGCCUCACUGCAGCUCAGCGACACCCAGGUCAAGACCUGGUACCAGAACAGGAGAACCAAGUGGAAGCGGCAGUCGGCCGUCGGGCUGGAGCUGCUGGCCGGAGCCGGACGGAUGUUCCUGCCAGCUCACUUCCUGUUCCCUCAUGCCCCGCCCACACCGGACCUCUACCUGUACCGAAGCCCCGCCCACCACCCGGUCCAGUCCCUGCUGCCUCGAGUCCUGACCCACAGCGGACCACACCCCCACUGACACCGGCGCACUGGGAGCACUGGUUUCUACUGGACGCCGUGGAGACAAACAAGCGUUUGAUUAUUGAACAGAAGCUUUAUUGAUCGUCUGAAACACGGCUGUCCUCUCCGGUUCUGAUGCUGUUUCAGGACCUGACGCCGUCUGGAGGGACCAGGUCCUGGAACUAAAUCUGGAUCCUGGUCUGGAUCCGAUACUGGAUACAGGUUCAGGUACUUUCAAGUUCUUGAGGCAACGGCAUGGCUCAUGAUUGGUUGAGCAGAUGUGACAUCACAACAAAAGUAAACAGCGUCUGAUUGGUGCGUCUGAGAGGAUCCAGACCACCAGACCCGUAACGGAACCACCGACAUGUUUUGAUCCACGACGGACCAGAAGAUCAAACAAACAAACUAAAGAAUAUCUGAGAACGAGACGAG